AAAUCUCACCGUGGUGUGAUAUACACGGUCCCUUUUGGGACAGUAUCAGUAGCUGUAUGUCCAGCUCGUCCAGCUGUUGAGAGCAGUAUUCUAACCUCACUGCAUUGAUCAGAGGCCUCUCCAAACCCAUCCACUGAGGGAUUCGUACCUCUGAGUACCACUGAGGGACUAAGGGACUCGUACCUCUGCGACCGUCCGGCAGCCGGGCUCACCGGACCCCUCCUGCCGAGUCACCAUGCCACCGCGGAGCCGGAGCCGCUCCCCAGUCCGGCGCUCAGACCGCGACCCGGACCGCUACGCAGACCGUCACGGGGACCGAGACCGGCACGGAGACCGUCACGCGGACCGUCAUGGAGACCGUACCCGAGACAGAGAGUUGGAGCGGGUUCGAGACAGAGAUGUGGACCGGACCCGGGACCGAGACAUUGAGAGACGCGGAGACAGAGACAGAGAGAUCGAGCGGCUGAGAGAGCGAGACAGAGAGAGGGAGAGGCUCCGCGAGAGAGACAGGGAGAGGGAGAGAGAGCGGGAGCGCGAGCUCCGGAGACGGGAGAAGGAGCGAGAGAGGCCCGAGCGACGCUCCCGCUCUCGGGAGAGGGAGAGAGAGCGCCGGGGUGAGACCUCGAUGGAGCGCGACUCGUCUCCGGCCGGCCGAUCGAUGCCCAAACCCAAACUGCUCAAACGGCCGGAGUUCACCGAGGAGGACUUCAAGGGGAAAACUCCAGAAGAAAUCGAAAUGAUGAAGAUCAUGGGCUUCGGAGGAUUUGACACUACCAAAGGUAAGAAGGUGGACGGGAACAACCAGGGUGCCGUUCACGUGGUGCUGAAACGACGCUACCGGCAGUACAUGAACAGGAAGGGCGGCUUCAACCGGCCGCUAGACUUUGUGCUGUAAAGGCGGCCCGAGGGGUGAGGUCGCUAGACAUUGUGCUAUAAAGUUCGGCCCGCGUGGUGAAGCCGGCAGACAUUGUGAUUUGAGAGCGACUCAACUGAGUGAAGUCGCUAGAUUUUGUGCUCUAAAGACGGUGCGAGGAGUGAAGCCGCUAAACUACUGUGCUCUGAGGUUGGCUCAUGGGAUAAAGUCACUGGACAUUGUGCUCUGAGGGCGGCCAUAUGGACACUAUGGGUGGUACUCGAGAUGCCGCGUGGCUACCCUGGUAACGGAGUCAUAGCCGGUAGCCUUUGAGGUAUGAGUGCGGAAUGCGGAUCAAGACACAACGCGUGGACUUUCAGUGCUCCGAGUGUCACCAGUGAACGCUUUUGGUGUACUUUGGUGUGCCGUGGAGCGUCACCAAGGACACUGGUGGCGAACGGAGUCCUCUGGGUGUCAACCAAGGGACGCUACUGGUGGAUCCAAUAGAAACCGAGUGAGUCGUGGUUAGUGAGCGACGAGUCAAUGCUGAGGUUUGGGACUCAUGGACACUGGUGUGUGAAUGGAGUCGAUGGUGGAGCCUGUUGGUCUAUCCUGAUCUGUAACUACCGUGAGAAUUUUGUGCUAUGUGGUGUAAAACUAAAAAUCAAACGUUCGAGCUCAUUCUGAAGACAGCUGCCUAUGCUUUUCAUUUUCAUGUCACAUUAAGCAAAGACAAUUCAUUUGUGUUUGGCCACCUUUAUCAUUUAACCCGAAAUGUCUGAUAGCAUGCGGAUUGCACGUCGGUGUGUCUGUAAACGCCUGUUGUCUGAUCUUAUGGUGUCCUGCAUUUUUUCUUUGGUUGGGAUGAGAAGAGUGCAGGUACUUGCGUACGCUUCCCUCACUUUUGUAUGUUUUGCAUCCAAGAUUGUGUUACAUAAGUUCAGUAAUAAAAACAAUGAUACAAAA